CUCGGAAAGACCUCUUCCUAGACCUAGGGAGAAUUAGCGGUCCAUUCCAAGUGAAGGAGAUAAGUUCGCGGUCCACCCAGAAGGACUCUUCUUUUUAGUCGGUCCAUUGUUCAAAAAAAAAAGAGUGAAAGGAGGACCGAUCUUCCACAGAGGACCGCAUUUAUCAGCCGGUCAUACAGGAGGACCGAUUUCUUGCUCAGGGGCCGCUAUCUCCCGUUGGUCUGCCUUUUUCAUCAAGAAAAGGUUUCCAACUGUUACUAUGGGCAAAAAUCGGUCCAAGAGGAACAAAAUUGAUGCUAAGGCGCGAACCAACUUGGAAGGGAAAGAGAAGCUUUCAUCUGAGGAUCUCAGACACCAAAUAACUCUCUCCCAAUCCAGGCGUGAAACACAAGACAAAUCUGGUGAACGCAGUUUCCACUCUAAAGCCCCUAAGAGUUCUCAUCCAAACUAUUCCCAGGCAGCAGCAGAAAAAUUCGACGCCAACUCCCCCAUAGUCCGAAAGUUAAUCGGGUGGCUCAACAAGGAAGGAGAGGCCCGGUCCCAAGGGACCGGGAGAGAAACAGGUCAAGGAGAGGAUGAGGAGGUGGAAAGUCAAGGGCGCAUAUCAGUACAUAAGAGGAUGCGCAAAAAUGCGUCCCAAAGGUUGGGACCCAGGACUGAGGAAUCUGGAGAAAAUUCUGGGGGGCACGGAAAUGAAGAUGCCGGAGACAUCCUCAAAUUGAGAAAAGAAAUGGAGGAACUAAAGAGGCAGAGGUUGACUCCCUAUUUCCAAGCUCACCCAGUGAGAAUCAUGACGGACCAGCCUUUGGGAGCAGUUUUGAGGGACCCAUCUUCUUCGGGAAGGGUCAUUAAGUGGGCCAUGGUCCUCUCUCAAUAUGAUAUUUCUUACCAGCCCCGUUCUGGCAAGAAGGGCCAGGUCAUUGCAGAUUUUAUGGUGGAGUGCACAGCAAGAGGGAAGCCAGAAGAGGAUGGGACCGGUCAGGAGAGAAAAAGGGAAUUAUGGGAGGUCCAUUCAGAUGGAUCCUGCACUAAAGACGGUUCAGGAGGAGGAGCGGUCCUCACCUCCUCUGAAGGUUUCAAGGCUUAUCAUUCCUUUAAGUUCACAUUUCGGGCCACCAACAACGAAGCAGAAUAUGAGGCCCUCAUUGGAGGAAUCCAAAUUGCCCUAUUCAUGAAGAUAAAGCACAUUCGCCUUAAAUCCGAUUCAAAAUUGGCCAUCGGGCAGCUAAAAGGAGAAAUGGAGGCCAAGGAAGGAAGGUUGAAAAAGUACAGGGACUGCGCCAGGACUCUGCUUGGACAAUUUGAGUCUUAUGAGCUCAUAUAUGUCCCAAGAGAAGAGAAUGAAGAGGCGGAUAUGCUUGCUAAAUUAUGUAGGACCAUUCCCAUCCACAUGGAGGGUAUGGUAAGGCAGCGCGAUAGGAUCUGUCCUGUUUGGGAAGAGGCGGUCCCUGUCCUCGAGAUAUCCGGUCCAGGUACAACUUGGAUGAGCCCCCUGAUCACAUACCUUGAAAAGGGAGAGCUCCCUGUUGACCCCAAGGAGGCUCGCAGAGUUCAAUUAAUGGCUCUCAAAUAUCAAUUGGAUGGGGAAAAAUUGUAUAAGAGGACCUUGGGAGGGCCGAUGCUCAAAUGCUUGAGUGAGAGAGAAGCAAGAAGAAUAUUGGAAGAAGUACACCAAGGAGUCAGUUCUGCCCAUCAAGGUGCCCUUACUCUAGCGAGAAAGGUGAUACUCCAGGGGUUCUAUUGGCCCACCUUGAAGAAGGAUGCGCUGGAGUUGGUGAGGAAAUGCCCAACUUGCCAAGCAUUUGCACCAAUCCCUGGACGCCCAUCCACCUUUUACACCCCUGUCACUACAGCCAUCCCCUUUGCUAGAUGGGGGACUACCCCAAGGAGAGCCACAGGAGAGACUCCCUUUGCCUUGGCUUAUGGCUUUGAGGCAAAGGUACCUACGGAGGUCUUGGUCCCUCGCACAAGGGUGGAAGCAUACACUCCAAGCCUCAAUGAGCAAUUGAUGGAAGUGGACUCCCAUUUCACUCAAGAAAGGAGGGACGACGCGUCAAUGAAGGCGGAGGAGUACCAACGGCAAUCCAAGAGGUAUCACGACAAAAAAACUGUACUUCGGGCGUUUGAAGUAGGAGAUUGGGUCCUACGUAAAAGGGAGAAAAGUCAACCCACUAAAGGAGGAAAAUUAGCCCAGAAUUGGGAAGGACCGUACCGUGUGGAGAAGGUGGUGCGUACAGGCACCUAUCAGUUGGCUACAUCGGAAGGGAAGGCAUUGGACAAUUACUGGAAUGUGGAGCAUCUCAAAAAAUUCUACCAGUAAAAGCUACAUGUUCAAGGUUCCGUCCUCCCAUAAUUUUUCAAGCCUCUUUUUCAAAGUUUUCUUUUCCCCUUUUGUUCAAAGAGAAAGGAUUGUACUGUGCUUAAUAUGAAGAAGAAAUUUCCCAUUCAUCAUCAAUUGUUCCGGUCCAUGAGAUAAGUAAAAAAAAAAAUCAAUACAAAUGCACAUG